ACCACUAUAUAUGGUGGUUAAUUUCUUCGAACGGCUAAGAUUCGAUCAUAUCUUUCCUUCAUGGCAUUAAACCAUAUCAAGCAUGGCUACAAGAUUCAAAGGGCUUUAUAACAAGAGCUUCAAGUGUUUCUCCGACAUUUUUGAUGUGGAGGAGGAGGAAGAGAUGGAAAUUGGUUAUCCGACUGAUGUUCGACACGUGUCACAUAUCGGUUGGGAUAGUUCAUCGAGUAGUGCACCUAGUUGGCUACAUGAAUUCAAGACGAGCAACAAUGUUUUAGAGCCAAACUCAUCGUGGCCAUUUCAAGAUUUGAAAUCAGCGAUGGAGGCAUUUGGAGAAGUUGAAAGCAGCAAAGAAAUGGAAAGAGAAUCACCAAAACAAAACCUGAAGAAGAAACUCUCUUCAAAAGCUUCUCUAUUGUGUAAUUCAUGGUCACCGAGAUUCUCAAGAUCAAGCAAGGUCCUUGCUUAAUUAUUUUUCAUUUUAAUUUCCCAUGCCAUUGUUUAUAAAUAAUAUAUAGAGCAUAUAGUGAGAUAUCAAUCUUAAUGUUUUCAUUCGAGAUACGUCUUUUCAGAAGUGUGUACAAAUUAAUAUUCAUAUUGUCU